AAAGAUAGUUCUUUCGGCACUCUGGGAGGUAGCUCUCGGUUGGCGCGGCAGUUUGAUUGUAGUGUGCAAUGCUGCAGAAGUCUUGUUUAUUUUCAGCGUGCUGAUUUUGUAAAAUGUUUAACUCGAUUAUCGGUGUUACUGUUUCUUUCUGUCUGUAUUGAUGUACUAUUUUGUUUUGUCUACCCCCCCCCAUGCAUACCCUCUGACUUCCUCCACUGGUAGAUUACAGAUUAUUGCAAAUCCUCUGAUAUUGAUGAUUGCGUCCUUUCUUGUAAAUUGUUUCUCUGAAGUUGCCGUUAACUUAAAUUGCUCUGCCAUUAUUAUUGUGUGAGUUAUUAUUGGUGGGGUUACUCCUGUGCUGUCAUGUGUUUUUAUAUGGUGUGUCUUAUCUUUUCUCUCCACUGGCUAUGUGGUAAACAGGCUACACUCUAGGCAGUCUCUUCUGCUGAUGUGUGUGGGUCUGGUAGUGGUACUCUCUCUAUCCUACUAUUUUCCUUUCGGCAUGGUUAGUACCUGCCUGGCGCCCAAACAAAAUCUUUAUCUUCACCCCUCUCUAACAAUACCGCUACAAGGCCUUCAGCAAUGUUUCCUUAUUCCUUGAUAACCUUCUGUUAUUAAAAAACGACGCCAACUGAUCGCUAGGAGCAAGUUGCACAGGAAAUCGACUGUUCCUUGACUAUUAGUAUACAGUCUCAAUAUGGGAGUUAUAAGUAUGUUCUACAGAAGAACAGAAGUAAAAAUGGCAUGUGACUAUCUGAGGAACUACUUGCGAAAUGUUGCGUAUUCCAUGAUCACAUGAAUACUACUGUAAACCCUUGUUAGACUGAGAAGCAUAUGUCCUCUUCUGCGUGUGAUCUCAAGCAGCUUAUAAGUGGAAUACAUCAGGAAGAGUCUUGAGAAGAACCUCACUGGACUCUAUUUGUUGCUGACAAGACACUUUUUCUUCCAAAAAAGGAAACGAAGCUCCUUAAUAUGGAACUGAAAAUAACCUGGUCAGGAAAAGGAAAUGGGUCUACAUAUUCUCAGUUGAGUUUCUUUCUAUGCAUUCUUCUGUAUUUCUGGGUUCUAUUUAAUCCAGUAAAUGGCUACACAAUGAAACACUGCAGAAUCAGGGAAUCUCUAAACACGUCUGUGCUAUGUGAUGGCAGGAACCUCAAUGCCAUACCAGCAGACAUCCCAUUAUUGGUGAGAUCUGUAAACAUAGCAAAGAAUAACAUUUCACAGAUAAAAAGUAAGGACUUCAAAGAUCUAAAGUUCCUCAACAUGUUAAUCAUGUACAGCAACAGGAUCUCUCAUGUUGAGAAUGGGUCUUUUUCAGACCUGGUGGCUCUAGAGCAGCUGAAUCUGUCCUUCAACAAACUCACAUCCCUCUCAGACCAAAUGUUUAAGGGCCUGGACAACCUCACAGUACUACACCUGGAGAACAACCACAUCUCAAGUAUUGCCUCCUCAUCUUUUCAGUUACUCUUCAGCUUGAAGGUACUCAACUUAACCAGCAACAAACUGCAUUGUUUCAAGGAGCUUCAGCACAUUUUACAAUUGCCAAGCUUGCUGAAGUUGUUCAUUGGGAACAACAGCUUGAACUCUUUGCAGUCACAGGAAAUAUCAAAUAGGUCAAUAGGGCUGACAGAGCUGGAUCUAUCCAGGAAUCCUCUGGAGAUCUUCAGUGUCACAGCAGAUAUUUUUCCCUAUCUUAAGAAACUAGACCUCUCCUUCUGUGGCAUUAAUGGAAGCAUGGAAUGGGAUGUAGCGGACAGGUAUUUUCUGAGUAAUGUGAGCAGCCUCGACUUGAGUGGCAUUCACAUGUCUUUACAGGGUAUUGGUUCGGUGCUCCAGAGCAUCAACUUUUCGUUGGCAUCUCUGGGGCUGGAUAAAAUAGGAAAAGAUAACCUCAUUAAUGUAGCCUGCCACAUACCUACACUGAAGACCCUCCGAUUGCAAUGUAACAACUUCAGUAGUGUCUCUGACAAGCUGCUGCAGUCCUGCACAAAGGUGACUGACCUGGACAUAUCAGGUAAUAAUAUUACUGACCUGUCAGAAGCUGCUUUUCGAUCAAUAAAAGAUCUUAAAACUCUGAGACUAGGCUAUGAUGGCCUCUCUUCUGUGCCGAAUGCUACAAGGAAUCUCCGCACAUUAAAAAAAUUGGAUCUCAGCCACAACAUCAUCAAAACUUUAGGCUGCUCGGAUUUCACCAAUCUAAGAAGACUUGAAAAACUCUAUCUUAACAACAAUUUAAUCUCAAACCUUGAAGGGUGUGUUUUCCUGGAUUUAAGGGCCUUAAAUAGCCUGACACUUAGAAGGAACAGAAUCCUAAACUUAGGUAAGGCUUUCACAAAGGGUUUGCAACAUCUAAAGAGCUUGGAUUUAGGAUUCAAUAAACUAACCAACAUCAGAACAAAUGACUUCAAAAGCUUAAGAUCACUUGAGGAUUUGGCUUUAUAUGACAAUGACAUAAAGACACUGGAAGAUGGAGCCUUUGUGGGUUUGGCCAAACUUAAAAAUCUUGUCCUGCUAAACAAUGUUAUAGGUAAAAGUGAAAUCCGAGGUGCUGUGUUCAAAGGACUUAGAAGCUUAAAAACUCUCAAUAUGGCUUCCAAUGCUAUCAAAUAUGAAAAAGAUGAACAACUACAACAACCACCCUUCACUGACCUGUCAUCUCUGGAAAACCUCUACAUAUUUAGUCAGCAUUAUAGUAAGUAUAUGAGACAUUCUUGUCUACCUUCCAACUUUCUGGAAGGUCUGAACAUGUUAUCAGAGUUCCAAGCAGGGAAUCUUCAUAUUGCGUACCUGCACCCUGACACAUUCAUUCACACACCCCAGUUGUCGUCCCUUGAUAUCAGCCAUAAUUUCUUCCAUGCCCUCUCCCCAGAGCUCUUUCACCCAAUCCCCAAGCUUAAAAGACUCACCAUCUCCAAAACUGAACUUGAGUCAUUAGAUUUCCUUAUAGAAGCCAAUCUCACUCAAGUCCAUUUCUUAAAGGUGAGACAGAAUAAAAUUACAUGGACCAAUGAGACAGUGCUGCACUCUCUCCCAGCCUUAACUCUCCUGGAUAUGCAAAGGAAUCCUUUCAUUUGUGACUGCAGAAAUGCUUGGUUUGUUCAAUGGGCUGAGAGCAACAACCAAACACAAGUUGCUUAUGCCCAUGACUAUCCAUGUAGCUAUCCAGACGAUCUCAAGGACACUCAACUGUUGGACCUGGACACCCACUCCUGUUCAGUGGACCUAGGCAUCUUCUACUUCAUCUCAACCACUUCUCUGGUCCUCCUCACCCUGCUGGGGUCCUUUAUCUAUCAUCUCCUGAGGUGGCAGGUGGUAUAUGCCUACUACCUCUUCCUGGCUUAUCUCCAUGACUCCAAGCGGAGGAACAGACAAACUCCUCAUCAGUACGAUGCCUUCGUUUCCUACAACACCCAUGAUGAAUGCUGGGUCGUGAGGGAGCUGCUGCCAGAGUUGGAGGGAGAGCAGGGCUGGAAGUUGUGUCUUCACCACCGGGACUUCCAGCCAGGUAAACCCAUCAUAGAGAACAUCACAGACGCCAUCUACAGGAGCAGGAAAACCAUCUGUGUGAUCACCCACCGAUAUCUGCAGAGCGAGUGGUGCUCCAGAGAGAUCCAGGUGGCCAGCUUCCGUCUUUUUGAUGAGCAGAAGGAUGUGCUGAUCCUGGUGUUUCUCGAAGAGAUCCCAGACCACCAGCUCUCACCCUACCACCGCAUGAGGAGGCUGGUGAAGAGACGCACCUACCUGAGCUGGCCAAGAGCUGGGGAGGACACAAGGGUCUUCUGGCAGAAACUCCAGGUGGCUUUGGAGACCAGGGACUGGCCUGCUGAGGAGAACCCCAUCCUCACCGGGGUGGAGAGGCAGUGACAUAGACAACUGUCAUGCUCCGAUUUAUAUUAUAUUUUUGGUUUUAACUUCUAAAUGUUUAGUUUAUAUGUUACAUGAUUGAAUAACAUUAACCAAUGCUAAUACUUAAUCAAUCCAAGGUUAUAAUAGGCCUACACUUGCUUAGUUACAUGUGUUGAUUCCUAUUUCUAUUAACCUAGCUGGUAUUGCUAAUUCUGAUACUUAACUCUUUUUUUACUUUUCGCAUUGUGUGUGUUGUCCUGUAUUGCUAGAUAAUAUUGCACUGUUGGAGCUAGAAAAUACAAGCAUUUGGCUGCACCUGCGAUGACAUCUGAAAAUCUGUGUACGUGACUAAUAAACACUAAUUUGGUAAUUGUCUUUGGAAUGAACAGCUCUGCUAUGAUUGCUAUGCAGUUUCAUUAUUACAUUCAAUUCACUUUGUGCAAUAUGUAUUGUACCUUGUCAAGUGAAGCAAGUUGAAUAAAGAACACUUGCUAUA